AUGGAUCAAGAAGAGAUCGACCCUCCCAAGCUGGACAUCCCUAUAUAUCAAAGGUUGAAUAGAGAGAAACGAGAGAUACGCCUGAUCACUAUCCAGCCGCCGACUGCUGACACAGAUGGCGGUGCGUUGACUUGUGGGCUCAAUGUUGUCAGCCUCGAACAGAAGCCAGAGUACGAAGCACUGUCCUAUACCUGGGGCAGCAGAGCCGACCCUGAAAUCAUAACUCUGGCUGGCAAGCCGAUGACAGUGACCAAGAAUCUUUUCGCAGCCUUGUCCACUCUACGUCGGGAAAGGGCACCUCGCGCUCUAUGGGCGGAUGCGAUUUGCAUAAAUCAGGAAGAUCCAGAUGAACGGACAGACCAGGUCAACAUGAUGGGUGACAUCUACCGGGGUGCUUUCAGAGUCAACGUGUGGCUCGGCGACAACAGCAACGGUAUGGCUUCUCUUAUCUUGUUGCACGGGAACGACCGAGACGCCCACUUUUCUGAGGAUGCCUGUGAUAAACUGUUCAAUGACUUGUUCAGGAACAGGAACUCGUGGUGGUCGAGGGCAUGGACGACACAGGAGGCCGUCUUCGCCAAGGAACUUGUGUUCUAUCUCGGCGACCAGCAACUGUCAUUCGAAGAACACGUGCGCUUCGUGACAGCAUUGGAGAGACACUUGAUCGUAACUAAGAGUUGUUGUGACUCCUUCGAGAAAGGCGUCGACAGAACCGAAUAUUACGCCGGGUACCGCUAUGCUGUCUACGACCUUGCGCAGAGACGCCAUAAAUUACACAAGAACGACUUCGACCUUCUGGAUCUCAUUGACGCUUACAGGUUCAGGCGGACGUCUGAUGCGCGCGACAAAGUCUUCGCAUUCACCAGCAUGGCGUGCGACGUCCCAGACGGCCUCGUGAACUACCGACUGCCGUUGCGAGACUGUCUUAUCCAUUGUGCCAAGAAGCUAUUACUCAGACCGAGCGGGCUCGAGACACUCAGAUGCGUAUAUGCAGGCGCGGCGACGGACUGGGCGAAAUACCUUGGACGUUCCGCGCAGCAGUCUGGCUCGAGGAUGCCUAUGAUGCGGAGACAAGACCUACCUUCUUGGUGCCCGGACUGGAGUCAAGAAAUGAUUGGGAUAUACUGGCAACUGCAUAACCAGAUGACUUACAAGACAUUGAGUGCCAAUUUCGCUGCUGCGCCUGUCGCGACUACUGGACUCUCGUUCUCGGAAGAACGCAUGACGAUCUCUGGUUUAAUCUGCGACGAGAUACAAGAAUUGGACGAGCGACAGGAUCCGCACUUCGGUCCUUUCCCCAAAAACGAUUUGAUUCAGUGGCGGUUGAACAUCAGUACCUUUGUGGACAGCUUUCUUGACUGUCAUGGUUGCGGGCGGGUCGUUUGGGGACCGUACUACAAGUGUCGACAAUGUGUCGACGUCCACUACUGCUGUAGGUGCCACAAGAGAGUCAAUCAAGCUCAUCCAGAGCACUCUUUCCUAGCAUUGAACGAAGCUCGUGGAGAUCGUGGCAGCGGACCUGCUCAAAGACGAGCCCUCGGUCCUGGUGAAUACACUGAUUUUGAAGGGAACAUGCGUGAAGUUCGUCGAGCUGUGGAAUCUGACGCUGUGGAGCGCCCUGAGGGCCAAGACGCCUUCGUCCUUGAAAAGCCAUGGUGGUCGCGACUGCGCGCAAUGACAUACCGCUCCGGGAGCAACGAGACCGUACAUGAUGCGUUCCAAAAAACCUUGACAGCCAGCACACACUUGCUAGACCACAUCAGGAAGAGCCGCUACAUCUCCUGUCCAGACUUCGCCAAGAUGGGCAUUGAACAUUCGGUGCUGAACAAAGCCUUGUUCGCGCAUUUCUGGCACGUAGAGGUCGAAGAGAGUCCACAGAUUGAACUACUGAAGCUGCGAGGAAGAGACAGAGACGAGCUGAGAGCUAUUGGCAGCUUGGUCCAGACGGUGGUAGAUCGCAAGAACUUCUUCAUAUCAACGCAAGGCUACAUCGGGCUGGGACCAAUGGACAUCAGAGCCGGCGAUAUGGUGUGCGUUCUGAAGGGUGGAAAGGUGCCCUUCAUCCUGCGUAAGACUGAGGGUCCUCAAGAGGGCCUGGCGGAGGAAAACGGCACGGUGCACUGCACGCUAGUCGGCGAGGCGUAUGCACCCGGCUUGAUGUAUGGCGAAGCUAUUCGCAUGGAGCAGGAGGGUGUCUUGAACGGGACGCGAUUUGUGAUUCAUUGA